AUGGCCACCAUACCCAUUGUCGUCAAACACUCUGGCAAAAAAUACGACGUUGAGGUCGAUACCACUGCCAAUGGAGAGACUCUCAAAUACCAGCUCUACAGUCUGACGGGCGUCGAGCCUGAACGCCAGAAGAUCCUCGUCCGGGGUGGACCCCUCAAGGAUGAAGCCGACAUGUCGAAGCUAGCCUUCAAGCCCGGCCAGGUCAUCAUGAUGAUGGGCUCGCCCGCCGAUGGCAGUGCUACCCUCACUCGACCUAAAGAGGCUAUCAAGUUUGUCGAGGACAUGACGGAAGCAGAGGCCGCACAGCAAGAGGGCGCAACUCCAGCUGGCCUUAUCAACCUUGGGAACACCUGCUACCUCAACUCGACUCUCCAGACCCUUCGAUCCAUCCCGGAGCUCCAACAGAGCCUGACUACAUACAAGGCCAAGGGCCCAGCCCCUCGCCCUGUCCAGGGCUCUCUUGGCCUGCAACCCGUCUCGCAGGCUGACCUGGCUACACCUCUUGUCGACCUGUACAAGAUGAUGGCGGAGACCCAGGACAGCGUGGCGCCCCACACAUUUCUGACCGUGCUGCGUUCCGUGUAUCCUCAGUUCGCCGAAAAAUCUAAGCAAGGCAAUGGCUUUGCUCAGCAGGACGCCGAAGAGGCAUGGUCGCAGAUUGUGAGCCAACUCAAGCAGCGCCUGGGUGAAGGAGAGGAUUCUUCCUUCAUCGACAAGUACAUGGCCGGAGCAAUGACUUCGACACUCGAAGCCGAUGAGCAGGAUGCUAGAGACGGCGGCGAGGAAACAAGCAAGUCAACCGAGACUUUCUUCAAGCUGAACUGUCACAUUGACGGCACAAUCAAUCACCUUCGGGACGGCAUUGCGGCGGGCCUCACGGAAAAGAUUGAGAAGAGAUCGGCGGUACUCGACCGUGACACGAACUUUACCAAGAAGUCACAGAUCUCGCGGCUGCCAAAGUACUUGACGGUCCAUUUUGUCCGUUUCUUCUGGCGCCGUGAUACUCAAAAGAAGGCGAAGAUCAUGCGAAAGGUUGUGUUCCCACACGAACUUGAUGCUGUUGAGUUCUGCAACGAUGAACUCAAGUCGAUGCUCAUUCCCGUCCGCGACAAGGUUCGCGAGAUCCGCAAGGAUGAGGAGGAUGUGCAGCGGGCUCGCAAGAGGCGCAAGAUUAACGCCAACGAUCGCGGCGACGUUGCUGGGUCCUCUGGCGCCCCACAGGAGAAGACGGCACUGGAGAAGGCCAACGAGAAGAAGGCACCCGUGAGCCAGCUGCCCAAGGUGUCGGGCGACGGCGACACAGAGAUGACAGAGACUUACAAGACGGAUGCCGAGUUUGACGCGGAGCGCGAUGCAUCUCUUCUGACGCUCAAGAAGGAGCUGGACGGACUCAUCAACCCGGCCCUCAGGCAGGACGAGGGUGCCAAUCAGUCGGGCUUGUACGAACUCCGUGGUGUGGUGACGCACCAGGGCUCGAGCGCCGACAGCGGUCAUUACACAGCGUCAGCGAGGUGCCAUCGACAUCCAUCGAUGGCUGGCGGGUGGUGGCGAGUCUCACUCUGCGCUCAUCCUGUUGUACAAGGCCAUUCCCCUGCCGACAGCAGAGGAGCCGAGCAGCUAAAGUAG